GAGCCGCAUGCGUUUUUGUAUGUACAUAUUAUUAUGACAAAUUAAUAAAGUAUUAUACACGUGAAUACACAUUUUACUUUAUUCGUGUACUUAUUUAUUUGUUGAAAACUUUAUUUUUCUUUUAAUUAUAAUAAUCUCGUUCAUUUUGAUCCGUUCGUUCGCGUACGAUACAUUUCUAUUAUAAUGUCGUUUUUCAUACGUAAAAAUGUUUCGAAACGAAAAAAACCACCGGUGCGUGUCAUUAACAAUAACAUCAAGAAGAAAAAGACUCAAAAUCAAGCCGACGACGAGAUCUCUUCCGAUUCCAGUGAGUCCGACCACGAUGACCAACAACAGUUUUCAUCUGAAUCGGAAAGCGAAAAGUUUAUUACAGCAGGUGAGAAAAAAGUUCAACUCGCCAAGAAGUAUUUGAGUGAGAUUGAAGAAGAAGAGCGUCGGCGGCUAGAGGAUGAGUACGACGAUGAGCAAGUUAACAAAAAUGUUUUGAAACGUUUAAAAGACGAUGUCCUUGAUCAGAAGGGGCAGUURAAAACAAAAUUGGCUGAUGGUUUAUCGUUUCCAACCGACAUUGUUGAGUUGCGUAACAGAAACCACGCCAAGGCUAUUACUUGCACCGUUAUAUCACCUGAUGAUAAGUAUGUGUAUUCCUGUUCAAAAGAUUCUUCUAUAAUACAAUGGGACUUAGAAACUUGUAAAGUACACAAGUUUUUGAGCUAUAACCGCAAAAGACCACAGCACAAUCCAACCCACCACAACUAUCCAGUCUUAUCUCUCGCUGUCUCACACAAUUUUUUAGUGUCUGGAGACAAUUCUGGUCUUAUUGUGGUUCGAAAUCCAAUCACUUUAGACUAUAUUGGAUCGUUGACCGGGCAUAAAGAUGGCGUUACUGGCUUAACUAUUUGCAAUGAAUCAAAUCAACUAUUCAGUUGCUCUAAAGACAAAAGCGUCAAGGUUUGGAAUCUUGUUGACAUGUGCUAUGUGGAAACUCUUUUUGGCCAUCAGACCGAAGUUACCUGCAUAGACAUGUUACAAAAAGAUCGUAUAGUAACUGCCGGAGGCAUGGAGAAUAUAGUUAGAGUGUGGAAGAUACAGGAUGAAACACAGUUGAUAUUCAAUGGAACAGGCGGUUCAAUAGAUACUGUUCAAAAAAUUGACAGUGCACAUUUUGUCACAGGUAGUGAUAAUGGUGUUGUCAGUAUUUGGGGAACACUGAAGAAAAAACCAUUGUGUAAUGUUGAAAAUGCACAUGGAAUUAACAUUACUAACAAUCAACCCAACUGGGUAUCUGCAGUUGGAGCUUUAGCAAAUUCAGACCUGAUAGUGUCAGGAAGCAACAAUGGAACUAUUAAGUUUUGGAGGUGCACUAACAACUUUAAGUCAUUAUUACCUCUAUUCAAUGUUCCUGUUAAAGGUUUUAUAAAUGGACUUGUAUUCACAAACGAUGGUAGUCGUUUGAUUGUAGCCAUUGGUAAUGAACAUAGAUUUGGCAGAUGGCACGGUGUAACAGGUGUCAAAAACAGCUUACAUGUAAUUAAAUUGAACUUUAUUAAAAAAUAAAUUAUACAGGACAUAA